CUGAGGCUGAUUUAAUUAGGCACUCGAAUUGAGACUGUUGCUCAUUUUCAGCACGUACCGAAGCCAACGGCCGAUGUCCAAUGGAAAAUGCAACUGGCUCGCAUUGAGCCCGGUUAUGACCGACCCGCCGAGCACAGUGGUUCAAGGUCCAUUUGCGGCGGUGUAAAUGGCAAAAAACCGGUGUAAAAUGAAUGAAUGCCUGCGUUUGCUCACAUAUUUGUACAUUUUUCUUUUAAGAAUCUAUGCCGCACCCCUUUCAACUUAUUAACGUGUAAUUGAGAUAAGAGCAUUAUCUAAGCUUCAUAGCGACUGAUUAUUAUUGGUUAUAUGUUUUACAUAUUUGAGCAUAUGUUCCACAUAAUGUCCUCUUUAUUUAAGUCAAUUUGACCCAGUAUGCGGAAAGUCUCUGCAAUUUUCUGCAACCUGGCGCUUUUGUCUGGAGUCCCAUUGUCAAUAUGGCAGCUAUUGGGUCUCCAGUGCGGUCUUCGGUCGCCGGUAGUCUCUGUUCGUCUCCUGGAGUCUCCGGUCCCUGGUCUCUGGUCUGUGGUCCCUGGUCAUUCACAUUAUCGUUGCAUGUGCCGAGAGGUAACCCCGCAUGGGUGUGUUCGUUCAUCUUUAUUUCUUGUGCGUGCAAAAAUUCAACAAUUGCAGAAAUUGAAACUUUUGCCUCUUGCCGUUGUUGCCACACACAGAAACAUUGAAAGAAAACUUUCAGACAUGAAAAUCGUAAAAAUAAAAUGAAAUAAAAUAAAAUGUGCACACGUUUGCCUGUUUCUGUUUUCAGUUUUCAGUUUUGCUGCUUUCUGUUUCUGUUUCUGUUUCUGUUUGAGUUGGAGUUUGUGCCCUGCAGACAGACGCUUAAUAUGCCAAUGCACUUUUUCCGACGGGACGGAGUGCUUUUCCAGAUCCGGAUCCCAUAUGCCCCUUUCCCUAUGCCCCAUUCACUUCACCCCGUGUUCUGACUCACAUUUGUGUUUAUUUAAUCUUUCACCGGCAAAAUUGAUAUGCCCAAGUAAUAAACAAACAUCGCUGGGCAAAAGGAAAAAAUAUGAAAAUAACACAAAUUGAAAUUUAUGUUUCAAUAUUUGCUUAAUGUCUCAAGAAGCGCUUUCUCUGUGGCAAGUGGCUGUUUGUGCUGCACAACUCAAAUCGAUUAAAUUUUAAAGGGUGCUAAGUGCUCGCUGUUAGCAGAUUCAUUCAGCUGCUUUUGAACUAUAAAGUUGAAGUUACUUUAUACUUAAUAAAAUGGGUUUUGGUUUGUAUUGAGGUGAUAUCCAUAGCUUAUUUAAUUAGCUUUACAUGUAUUUGCUUGUUGUAUAAAAUAACUGGCUUAUCUAUCAAUUGUCAUUUCUUUAGCUCAAUAAUCAAAUAAUGCAUUAUCUCCAUGCCUCGAAUAAUAUUUAAAUGCUUCUUGUUAAACUCUCUUUCUCAUCAUUAAUAUCGUGUUUAUACUAUGCUUUCACAUAUCAAGUAUACGCCGUGUGGUGCAUUAUGUGGAAUAUACUGCCUUUCGCUGACUCAUUGUGAGCUGCUCUUUCAGUGAAUUUCUGUUGCCUUGCCACAUUUUAUUUGGUUUUACUUG